GUUCAUAAAUAUUUAUAUAAAUAUGCUUAAUCAGAAAUUAAACAAAAGAAUAUAAUUUAUAGUAUUAUCAAUGAGAAAUUAUAUAUACGUUAUUUCUUAAGGAAGGAAAUGUGACUGAAAUCUAUAUAUAUGUGUGUAGUAAGAAAUUUACAAUACAUAUAAAUACAAAUACUCAAUUGUGAUUUUUGCACUAAAUAUAAUAUAAUUGCAUUUAUAUAACUGCUAUUAAAUUUAUAAUAUCAUUUUGUUUGUAACCUAACUUAACAAAAUUACAAAAAGAACUGAUGAAACAAUAUCUUACUUAAUAAUUGUAAUUCAUUUGAAGAAACUUAUAUAGAUUUAAAUUAUUAUGACUAAUUGUAUACAUUUAAGGAAUAUUAAUGUAUGACUAUAUAGAGUGAUUUACUUGUAUUUAUAUAUAUAUUUUUGUAUUAUGUAUUAAUUAAAAAAUGAAUUUACUACCAAGUUAACAUAAUCUGCUAAUGACAAAAUAAUAAUAAUGUCAUCAGAAACUGGAAUUUUACCAAAAUUCAUACAUAUCACUAUUGUGGUUAUAGCAUAUUGGAUAAUUUCUAUAUUAACAGUUUUUAUAAACAAAGCACUUUUAUCUAGUAAUAGCAUAAAUUUGGAUGCACCUCUUUUUGUGACGUGGUGCCAAUGUAUAGUAAGUUUAAUCAUUUGUUCGACUUUAAGUAAAUUAUCAAAGUGUUUUCCAAGAUAUAUUAAGUUUCCUGAGGGUAAUCCAUAUACUAAGGAAACACUUAUUAAAAUAUUACCAUUAUCCCUUUUAUUUACUGGGAUGAUUGCAACUAACAAUUUGUGUUUAAAAUAUGUUGGUAUUGCAUUUUAUUAUGUGGGACGUUCGUUAACAACUGUAUUUAAUGUUAUUUUCACAUACCUUAUACUUGGUCAAAGGACUUCCAUAAAAUGCAUUGCAUGUUGCAUAUUUAUUGUGACUGGAUUUUGGCUUGGAGUAGAUCAAGAACAUAUUGCAGGCUCAUUGUCGGUUCUAGGAACAAUUUUUGGUAUACUUGGAUCAUUAACACUUUCUUUAUAUUCCAUUCAUAUGAAACAAGUACUUCCUGCAUUAAAUCAAAAUAUUUGGUUACUCUCAUAUUACAACAACGCGUAUAGCGUUAUUAUAUUUCUUCCAUUGAUGGUAGCUAAUGGAGAACACAUUACAGUAUACAAUUAUGAUAAAAUUGGAUCAUUAUUUUUUUGGUCUGCUAUGAUUGUUGGCGGUAUUUGUGGCUUUGCGAUCGGUUAUGUUACCGCUCUUCAAAUAAAAGUAACAUCUCCCUUAACGCAUAAUAUCAGUGGAACCGCUAAAGCUUGCGCGCAAACAGUUCUUGCAACUUAUUGGUUUAACGAAGAGAAGUCAUUCAUGUGGUGGCUAAGUAAUUUAAUUGUGCUUGGUGCAAGUGCAAUGUACGCUAGGUUUAGACAACUUAAUCUCAGUAAAGAAUAUAAAGAAGAAAAACAACAAUUGAAAGUAUGACAAAAUAUAAAGAAAAUUAGGUAUAUGUAUAAUACUGUACUGUA